AUGCAACCCUCAUGGCUAUCAUACCCUCUCUUUACCAGUAAUGCUGUGUCACUGGUUCCCAGGCACCAAUUUACUACCUACACAGCCAUAUGCUCCGGUGUCAAGCCAGUGCUAGUUAGGCUCCUGGAAGAUGGCUCAGAGACGCGCAUCGCUGAGCCCGAAUUAUUCAAAUAUCAACGGUAUAGAUGGCUGAAGGGAGAAUCCCAACAUCUGGCCGCACUCUACCGUGAAUUCGACUUGGAUCACCUCCUUGAGACAGCCAACCAAGUAACUGGCCACAAAGGAACGCGAUGUGUGAAGGUCUCAAAAUGCGUGGAAGGACAAUACAACAAGGCGUUCAUUUUAACCAUGAAUAAUGGAGAGGAGCUAGUUGCUAGGUUGCCAAACCCAAAUGCAGGUCCUUCUUUCUAUACGACCGCUUCAGAAGUGGCGACUAGGCGUUUUGUUCGCGAGAUCUUGAGGAUCCCAGUCCCGCACAUCUAUUCUUGGUCCGAAGACCCAUCAAACCCAGCGAGAGCUGAGUAUAUCAUCGAGGCGAAGGCCGAAGGGCAUUCCCUUGGGAGCCUGUGGGGCGGAAUGUCUAAGUCGUCACAGUUUGGAAUCAUUGACCAAGUUGUCGAGAUAGAGAGGAAAUUGGCAUCUGUUUCUUUCCCCAUGCAAGGGUGUCUUUACUAUACGUCCAACCUCAAAUCGAAGAUUACUGAUGCUAAAGGCCUCGACACUAUGCUUAGCAAAUUGCCAGGGCUGGAGGAAGAGGAUUGCAGGCAAAUGUCCUACUUUGCAAUCGGACCAUCUAACGACCGAAAAUUGUGGCAUGGUGAACGACAUUCGAUGAAACUGGAUAGAGGACCAUGGACCAACCCCGUCGAUUACGUGACUGGUCUUGGAAUAAGCGAAUCGAAUUGGGCAAGAUGCCAUGCAAAGCCAAGAAUGAACUAUUACCGAUCAGCAGAGACUCCAGAGAAUCCGAACGAGUACUUGGCUCUCCUCCAGCGAUAUCUCGACGUUGCCCCACACCUAGUACCAAACCUACCCUCCCCGGAACUCAACAACAUCAAUACGCUGUCACAUCCAGACCUCCACCUCGACAACAUUUUCAUCGACCCAGAAACACACCAAAUCACUUCGAUCAUAGACUGGCAACUCGCAGCCAUAACGCCAUCCUUUUUACAACGUCCUCACCCGCAAAUGCUAGAACUCUCACUUAGCCCAGGCAGCGACGAACAAAGAAGCAGAGAACAGGAGCUACUGGACUAUUACUACCAAGUAACCGAAAAAGUAAACCCUUCCCGGGCUGAGGAAUUCAAAGACCCAUACCUCUCCAUACGAGUUACCCCCACCAACCUGAUAUCCGGAUGUUGGGAGCGCGAAGACAUUUUCUCACUGCGUGAGUCUUUGACCAAACUAGCCGCGUACUGGGACCAACUCCAGCAAGGCAAUACACCUUGCCCGAUUGACUUUAACGCCGAAGAGCUAGCUGCACAUGAAAGUGAAAGGGAGCUUAUUGAAGGGCUUUCGAACAUUGUCCAGCGGUUAGAACAGGAGGGGCUUAUUCCGAUUGGAGGGAUGGUUCGGCCGGAGGAGUACGAGCAUGCCAAGAUGGUGAGUGAUUACUUUAAGCGCGAGUUUAUAAAUCUAGCCGAGAGCGAUCAGCAACGGGAAUUGCAUGAGAAGGUCUGGCCUUAUUAG